CUGGUCGCGACCAUUGUUCUCCUCCUGCCUCCCUCCAUGGUCCCGUAGUUGGCCGUCCACCCUACCCACUCACGCCCAUCAUGCCCACGAACACGCCCCCCAACGGCGCGCGCCGUCCGUCGAACCUCACGCUGCGCAUCGCGAUGCCCAAUUCGAAGGCGCAGCCGAUGCACAACUCCUCGACCUCUACGCCCAACGGCGCCCGAUUCUCCAACUACUUCUCCCCAGUCGAGGAGAAGGAGCGCCCGCGCCGCAAAGCGCGAUUCCAGCUGAACAACCUCAAGCCCGACCUCCACCACCUGCCCAAGCCCCUGGAAUGGAUUCCCCAACGCUUCACCUGGUCGAAUAUCAAGCCCGUCAUCCGGUGCGCCGUAUCGGCGUGGAUAUGCUUGGUGCUAUAUGUCAUCCAUCCCGUGGAGAAGACAAUGGGGCAGGCUAGUUUCAUUGUUCUUAUAAGCUCCUUUCUCGCUCCUCCUGCUGGUCCCUUCCUCGCAACGCUAGAGCACGAGGUGCUGAUCCUGCUGCAUGUCUGUGUGGCAUGGGCGUGGUGCUGCUUGGGUAUAAAGCUCGCGUAUCUGGCGCGCGAAGAGCGCGUACCGUACGUCACGCUACAAGAGGCCAUCAGCGGGCGAUACAUCGAGGCAGCGCCCACAGUCAUCAUCGCGAUCUUCAUAUUCAUCGCGAGCACCGUCUUCCUCUACAUCAAGGCGAGACAAGGACCUGGACCUUAUGUGUUCCCCACCGUGUUCGCAUGCCUUUGCGUCGACACAACGAUGACCCUCGCGGUCUUCUACCCAUUUACGGCGUAUAAUGUCGGCAGCUAUGUUGUGCUCCCCCUAGCCAUCAAGGCCGGCGUCGCCCUUUUAUGCUCCGUCCUCAUCUUCCCCUGGACCGUAUCCGCCCAAUUCACCAACGCGCUCCAAGCCGUCAUCCGCCCGCUCGCUACCGCCCUCGAUCUCCAGCGCCAAGGCCUCGCGACAUCCACUGACGAUCCGGACUACCAAGCGACCGUCUCCAAGAUCGCCGCUUCCGUCAACGGCGCCGAAAACGCGCUCGUGCCCCUCUCUUCCGCAGGCCGCCUGCUCUCGAGCGAUCUCAUCUACUGCCGCUUCGCGCCCGACGACUUCCGCACGUUUCAGAAGCUGUUCCGCCGCCUCGCCGUGCGCUCCCAGGGCCUCGUCCUCUACUUCUCGCUCAUCGACCCCGCGCGCGAGCGCUUCCCCGUCACGCCUGCCACAUCGCGCCCGCCCACCGCGCCGGGCACACCACGGACCAUCUCACCCUCUUCCACCCGCCCACCCUCGCCCGAGCGCGAUGACGGCCGGCACUCCAGCGGCCCCUCUAGCCCCUCCUCCCGCCCCCACUCCAUCCUCACCACGCACACUACCCGGCACGCGCACACCCACCGACACCGCCGCCACCACCACCACGGCUCCUCCCUCGCGCGCCACCUGCACCAGUCCCUGCACCACCUCGCCAUGACCCGGCCGCACAAAACGGAGACGACGGUGGGCGUGUUCGAGAGCUACCGGUACCUAAACCUCGACGCGAAGCACUACCCGGAGCGCGACUACGAAAACUACGCGGCGCAGUGCACGGGCCUGCUCAGGGAGUGCUGCGACCCGCUGCUGGUGGCGUGCCGGGACGUGGUCGCGUGGGUGCCCGGGUGGCUGCAGGGCGUGCGCGCGCACCGCUUCCACCUCUGGGGCGGGCGCGGCGCCCGAGAACGCGCCCGAGAAACCUCGCUCAAAGAGGUCGCCCGCCGGAAGGCCGAGCUCGAGGGCACGCUCGAGGCCUUCCGCAAAGAGGGCCGGCUCAAGGUGCUCGACGUCUACCGCCCCUUCUUCGAGCACGGCGGCCAGGAGGACGCGCACGCGCCCGACAUGCCCGCGCACCGGCACCUCUUCCACUGCUACGUGUACCAGUACCACCUCAUGCAGGUCGCGGGCAUCCUGGUGGAGAUGCUCGACGAGAUCAGCCGGCUCGAGACCGAGCGCGUCGCGUGUCGGCUGUGGACGCCCGCGCAGCGCCUGCUCCGGUGGAACGUCUGGGAGUUCCCCGCGACCGUCGACGAAGAGGACGACGAGGAUCCGGACGUCGUCCAAGGCCUAGCGCCCUCCGUCGAAGAAGACCUCGGGCUGGCCAUCAAGCGCGACCCGGACGUGCUCCCGCCUGCGAACGGGUUCGAGUGGGCGAUGAACCAUAUUUACAAGGGAUUCGUGGCGCUCGGAGGAGGCAACUCGAUCUUCGCGCUGAAGGCGGGGAUGCUUUCGGUAUUGUUGUGUCUGCCUUCCUUCCUGUCGAACUCGGCGCGGUUCGCGUACACCAACAGCUUCAACUGGGCAAUCUUCAUCGGCCAACUCACCCUCAUGCGCUUCCGCGGCGACACCACCUUCGGCCUCGUCUCUCGCAUCCUGACCACCUUCUUCGGCGGCCUCCUCGGCACCGUCGUCUGGUACAUCUCCUCCGGCGCGACCGACAGCGGGAACGCGUACGGGCUCGCCGCCGUCUGCGCCGUCUGCUUCCCCUUCUUCUUCUACGCGCGCCUGCACUGGCCGGGCCCGCCGAUCUCGAGCGCGAUCUUCUUCGUGACGGUGAUGCUGGUGAUCGCGUACUCGUAUCGGAACACGUGGGUCUCGCUGCCGGGCUCGCCGGGGUUUGGGAUCGAGAUUGCGUGGCGUCGAUUCGUGCUCGUUACUUGCGGGGUGUUCGCGGCUUUCAUCUUCUCCUUCCUCCCGCCCUCGACCACCAUCCGCCGACUCCAGCGGCGCACCCUCGCCACCACCUGCUCCGAGAUCGGCGCCAUCUUCUGCUCCAUUGUCUCCUUCGCCAACGCACCUGGCGAUGUGGACACGCAGGAGAUUCUGACGAGCCUCAUCGCGAUCCGAAGCAAGCUGAAGCGGUCUAUCACAAGGAGCCAGAAUGUGACUUACGAGUUCUCCCUACGCGGGAAGUGGCCCGCCGAGCGCUACAACAAGAUCAGAGAUCUGCAAAUCCAACUCGCCUACUCCCUAUCCCACCUCAUGUCCGUCAUCAAGCACAUGGACCCCGCGUGGACGCGCGCCUUCCUCCGCCGCACGCGCCUCGUCGACUCGGACUUUCAGGGCGACCUCCUCGCCGUCAUCUCCCUCAUCUCCACCGCGCUUCGCACGGGCACGCCGCUGCCGCAGAUCACGCCGUGCCCCUUGCUGGACAGAUUCAUGUUGCAUUUCCACGGGUUCAACGUGAUCCAUCGGGAGAGCGAGGAGGACUAUGGGCUGCCGCGGACGCUGAGCCUGGCCACGCUGGAGGACGAGCAGUAUUUGAUGUUCUGCGUCGGCGUAUCCACCACAUUCACGAUCAUAACCCGAUUGGACCGACUCAUGGUCGCCGCGAAGGAGGUCGUGGGCGAGCAGUACCACAUCCACGGUGUCGGCCUGGACGGCGCGCAGCGGUAUGCGCCGCCGCUGGGGCAGAGGCCAUCGAGGGAUGUUUAGAGAGUGGGUGUUUAGGGGUGAUGCUUUAUUGGUGGUGAUCACCUUGGAUCCAAUAGGUGCUUGUUAUGGAUGUAGAUGGUCAUGGCAGGAGGAGAUCCGUGGUCAGAUAUGUAGAUGAAGGUGCACGGACUGUUUUGUAUCCAUAGUGCAUGCUUUCUUUGUAGGUAUGCUUCCGCAGGCCUGUGUCGUGAUAUAGGCCUAAUCUGCGUUUUUCAUUGUGGUCUAUAUGAUUCGCACGCUCAAG